CCGAGUCUACUCUUUCGCACAGGCUUCGCACCCUGGUCUGUUCGUCGCGGCUGCAAUUUUCUUUCCAGUGCUGCGUUUUUGUCUACGGGAGAUUUCCCACAAGUAAACAUGGCGACUCAGAUGAGUAAGAAGCGAAAGUUCGUAGCAGAUGGAGUUUUCUUUGCCGAGCUGAACGAAGUUUUGACCCGGGAGCUCGCUGAGGAUGGCUACUCCGGCGUCGAAGUGCGUGUCACACCGAUGAGGACCGAAAUCAUCAUCCGUGCUACUCGCACCCAAAAUGUCCUUGGUGAAAAGGGACGAAGAAUCAGAGAGUUGACCUCUGUAGUUCAGAAGAGAUUCAACUUUCCAGAAAACACUGUGGAGCUGUAUGCUGAGAAGGUUAACAGCAGAGGACUCUGCGCCAUUGCCCAAGCCGAGUCGCUGCGUUACAAGCUUCUCGGUGGACUUGCCGUCCGCAGGGCUUGCUAUGGUGUGUUGAGGUUCAUCAUGGAGAGUGGUGCCAAGGGUUGUGAGGUUAUCGUCAGCGGUAAAUUGCGUGCCCAACGUGCCAAGUCCAUGAAGUUCAAGGAUGGAUACAUGAUCUCCUCCGGCUCCCCAGUGAACGAGUACAUCGACUCUGCCGUGAGGCACGUCCUCCUCCGACAGGGUGUUCUCGGAAUCAAGGUCAAGAUCAUGUUGGACUGGGACCCCAAGGGUAAGCAAGGACCCAUGACACCACUUCCCGACAUGGUCACUAUCCACACACCGAAGGAGGAGGAGGAAUUUGCAAUGAAGCCUUUUAUUGGCAAGGAAAUUGAAGUCGUGUAAGCAGAUUUUAUUUAGAUGAAUUUACUCAUCGGGAAUCCCUCUUUUUGACAUAUAAGAUUCUACUGAAGAGUUCUCUGACGCGCUCCUUCGCCCUCUACUCUCUGUACAAUUCAACCCAUUGUUGUGUCUUUGGCUAUAGUCUCAAUCAAGACAAAUCGAUUUCUGCCCGUCUUGUUUUUUUGGGGAAUGUCUUGCGAAGUCUGGUGAUGUCGAUGACCUAGGGAAAUUGCCUUAAGGCGAACGGAACAUGGCAUUCUUUUACACGGAAUGGUAUUUGUGCGGACUGUGAAUGGAAGUGGAUUCGGCUGAAGGUCGAUGUUCCUCAAAUAGUGGUCUUUCAGUGAGCCUGAGCUGUCCAUGAAUAAACCGAUGAGUAGUUUUAUUGACAGGCCAGU